AUUUUCAACUUCUAACUCAUCUUCUUCUUCGUUUUCUUCUUUUUCUUUUUGUUGUUCUUUCUCGUUUCCAAGUUUGAACAACAAUGGCUGACGAAAGUAACAGGACCGCUUUUUUGGAGCUUCAAGGUCGGAUGAUAGAGAUCUCCGCAAAACUGAAGCAGGUGCAGAACCAGUUGCGCGGCAAAGAAGGUGAAAAGAAGCGAGCUUUCUUGACCUUGGAGGAGCUUCGCCAAGUGUCCGAUGACACAAAUACCUACAAAUCAAUUGGGAGAACGUUUGUUUUAGAGCCUAAGUCGUUUUUAAUGAAUGAACUGCAAGCGAAGCUUCAGGAUAGUGAGACUGCAAUUGCCUCACUCACGACCUCUAGGGAUUAUUUGGAGAAACAAAGAGUCGAAGUGGAGACUAACUUGAGGGAGUUGUUAAGCCAAGAUCCUGGCCUUGCUCGUCAGAUUAUGUCCAUGACUGUUAUGUGAUACUGACCUUGUACCUUAUUUUAUUUGUAAAACUACAAGUGUUUGAACCACCAAUUUCUUAUCUUUUUAUGCUCUUCAAUUAUAGUGUUUGAUAUCUAGUCGUACCUAUUGUCCUUCAGUUUCAUUUGGCUGUCAAUUUCUAAAUUGAAUAUGCUGGAAAGAUAUUUCAAUAUGGCUAGUUUGCUUUA